AACACAACAGAGCACCUCUCACUCACCUCUUCUGUCUAAUGUAUCUUUUAAUUGGGCACCAGUGCUUAAUAUACACUCCAUUUUAGUCUGCCCGAGGACCCUGACUUUUUCUUGUUGUUGUUGUUGAACAAUUCCCAGGAAUAAUGAUCCGUUUGGCUGCCUUCAUUAUUUUCCUGUACUGUACGGGUCUGUCAGACGCACAGCAUGAGCCAGGCCACUGCGUUUUCUAUGAGGAGUGUGGUCUUAACCCGACCCUGAAUGGGACCCUCAUUACUCCUAUUGUCCCCUGUCUCAACUACAGCCCAGCCAGACCCAUACGAGGGGAGCACUACAGGAGACUCAAACAGGUGUGUCCCAUCCUGGACAGAGGGGAGGGCAACACAUUUGCCUGCUGCUCCAUCAACCAGCUGAACUCCCUGGAGAAGAGUUUAACCCUGUCUAAAGCUGUGCUGGUCCGCUGCCCUUCCUGUGCUGAAAACUUUGCCCAUCUCCACUGCAUCAACACCUGCAGCCCCAACCAGAGCCAGUCAGUGAAGGUCACAAAGAUCAUGAACGUUACCAAUUCUCAGGGGAAGACCAGAGAGGCCGUGGUGGCCUACCAGUCCUUCCUCUCCACCACCUUUGCAGAUGGAUCCUUCCAGUCCUGUAAAAACGUCCGGAUCCCCGCCACAGGAGGCUUCGCCAUCUCCACCAUGUGCGGGCGUUAUGGUGCCAAGCUGUGCACCCCACAGCGCUGGUACGACUUCCAGGGAGACUCCAGUAACGGCCUGGCUCCCCUGGACAUCGACUUCCAGUUAAUACCUGAGGGGGUCACUGCCGGGCUCCCAGCCGGUGUGGUUCCCUACAACGGACGUGCUCUGAAAUGCAACGAGACCACACCGACUGGGGGUCAGGUCUGCUCCUGCCAGGACUGCCAGGAGUCGUGCCCAGUUUUGCCAAACCCUCCCCUUCCACCUGGUCCCUUCAGACUCCUGGGUACAGAUGGGUUCCUUGUGAUCGCUAUUGUCUUAUUUUGUCUCCUGGUGUUUGCCUAUCUCCUCUACCUGGUUGUGUCCUGCUGGGUUGCAUCUAAAAAAAGGAAAUAUGAGGCACAAGGGAAGACCAAGGGAAAAGGCAAAGACCAGAACAGUAAUGAUGUGACUGAGCGGGUCAUCCACCCAUCAGAGGUCACAUGCACAGACAAGAACAGCCUGGCUGCACAUGCUCUCCUGAGCUCCAUGUUUCAGUACUGGGGAACCUUGAUGGCAACUUAUCCUUUAACAGUGCUCCUGGUGUCGGCUGUAGUAGUAUCAGCCUUUGCCACCGGCCUCAUGAACAUUGAACUCACCACAGACCCGGUGGAGCUCUGGUCUGCCCCCAACAGCCGAGCCCGCCAAGAGAAAGACUUCCAUGACACACACUUUGACCCCUUCUUCAGGACCAACCAGUUGAUCUUGACGGCACCAGACAGGAAAGGUCAUGUGUACGACUCUUUGCUGUUUGGACCGCAGAACUUCAGCGGCCUUGUGUCAAAGGAUCUGGUCAUUGAGCUGCUGGAGCUUCAGAGUAGAAUACGGGACAUAGAGUUCUGGUCAGAUGAUCUGAACCGCACAGCAAGUCUAAAGGAUGUGUGUUUUGCGCCGCUGAACCCAUCCAACCCAUCAGUGACGGACUGUGCAGUCAACAGUUUACCACAGUAUUUCCAGAACAGCCUGGACAACAUUAACGCUAAGGUGAACAUGACAGAGCUGGGGGUGACUAAAGAGGUGGACUGGAGAGACCAUCUAAUCUACUGCGUCAACUCCCCCUUGUCCUUCAAAGACAUCACUGACCUGGGCAUGAGCUGCAUGGCUGACUAUGGGGCUCCAGUCUUCCCCUUCUUAGCAGUAGGAGGUUAUCAAAAUGAUGACUACACUAAUGCAGAGGCGUUCAUCCUGACAUUCUCCCUCAACAACUUUGCUCGAAGCAACCCAAAGUUCAAAGUGGCUUUACAGUGGGAGAAGGAGUUUUUAAAAAUUGUCCAAGAAUACCAGGCUAACCCGAAAAACAACUUCACCUUUGCAUACAUGGCAGAGAGAUCUCUAGAGGAUGAAAUUAACCGGACAACAGCAGAGGACAUCCCCAUCUUCAUGAUUAGCUAUGCUGUCAUUUUUGUCUACAUCGCUGUUGCACUGGGAGAGUACUCGUCAUGCAAACGCAUCCUGGUGGACUCCAAAUUUCUGGUGGGUCUGGGUGGGAUCCUGGUGGUGGGUUGUUCUGUCCUGGCCUCGAUGGGCUUCUACUCCUGGAUAGGAAUCCCCUCCUCGCUAGUGAUUCUGCAGGUCGUGCCCUUCCUGGUGCUUGCUGUUGGGGCUGACAACAUCUUCAUCUUUGUCCUAGAGUAUCAGAGAGAUGUACGGAAACCUGGAGAGAAGAGAGAGGAGCAGAUCGGUCGUGUCCUCGGAAAUGUAGCUCCCAGCAUGCUCCUGUGCAGUCUAUCAGAGUCUGUCUGCUUUUUUCUAGGGGCCUUGUCCACCAUGCCAGCAGUCAAGUCCUUCGCCCUGUACGCUGCUCUGGCGGUGCUCAUGGACUUCAUCCUCCAGAUGACAGCCUUUGUUGCCCUUCUUUCCUUGGAUGCCCGUCGCCAGGACAACAACCGCUGUGAGCUGCUGUGUUGUGUGACAGUGUCGACACAGCGCCCCAACAAGCCAAAUGAGGGUCUCCUGCUGCCCAUCAUGAGGAAAUACUACGCCCCUGUCCUGCUGCACCGUUACACCAGAUUCUUAGUGAUGAUGGUGUUCAUCUUCAUGUUCUGUGGUUCCUUAUUCUUCAUGUUUAAUGUGAAAGUGGGUCUGGAUCAGGAGCUGGCUAUGCCUAAGGGCUCUUAUAUGCUGAAAUACUUCGAAUACCUGUAUAAAUAUUUUGAGGUCGGAGUCCCUGUUUAUUUUGUAACAAAAAAAGGCUUUGACUUCACCACUGUGGAGGGCAUGAAUGCAGUUUGCUCCAGUGUGGGCUGUGAUCAGUUUUCACUCACCCAGAAGAUCCAGUAUGCCACUGACUACCCAGACCGAUCCUACUUGGCUAUCCCUGCUAACUCUUGGGUGGAUGAUUUCAUUGACUGGCUGAACCCUGGAUCCAGAUGUUGUCGACAGUACACCUUUGGUCCGAAUGCAGGAAAAUUCUGUCCCGCAAGUGAACCCACCUGGAAGUGUCUCUUCAAGUGUAUGAGAAAUCCUCCUGAUGGCGUCCUGAGGCCAACCAAGGAACAAUUCAACCGCUACCUCCCCAGCUUCUUGAGUAACAGACCUGACCUGCAGUGUCCCAAAGGAGGUCUUGGAGCCUACGAUACAGCUGUAGUGAUGGAUGACAAGGGAGAAAUUAUAGCCUCUCGGUUCAUGGCGUACCACACACCUCUGACCAACUCUCAGGAGUUUACUGCAGCGCUGCUGAAGGCUAGAGAACUGGCAAACGACAUCACCGAGGGCAUGAGAAAAGUACCAGGAACCUCUCCUGACUUCGAGGUCUUUCCUUACACGGUGACUAAUGUAUUUUAUGAGCAGUACUUGACCAUUGUGCCGGAGGGACUCUUCAACAUUUCCCUGUGUCUGCUGCCCACCUUUGUCGUCUGCUGUCUGCUGCUGGGUCUAGACCUGCGCUCCGGCCUCCUCAACCUUAUCACCAUUAUCAUGAUCGUCGUGGACACCGUUGGGGUUAUGACACUCUGGGGAAUAGAUUACAACGCAGUAGCCCUUAUCAACCUGGUCACGGCAGUGGGUAUAUCUGUGGAGUUUGUGUCCCAUAUGACAAGAUCCUUUGCACUAAGCACGAAACCCACGCAUGUGGAAAGAGCAAUGGAGGCCACGGCCAACAUGGGCAGCGCGGUGUUUGCUGGUGUUGCUAUGACCAACCUCCCAGGCAUCCUUGUGCUGGCGUUCGCCAAAGCACAGCUCAUCCAAAUUUUCUUCUUCCGGUUAAACCUGGUCAUCACACUUUUAGGGAUGGCUCAUGGACUCAUAUUCCUUCCUGUGGUGCUCAGCUACUUCGGUCCUGGUUUGAAUAAGGCGGUUCUGCUGCAGCAACAGCAGGCCAAGGCAAAAGCCAAGCAUGAGCUGGAGAUGUCAAACCACAGGAUGCAGGGGUAUGAGAACCUGAGCUAUGAUGGCAACGAGACAAAACAACAGCCAAACUCUACAAAGCCUCCCACAGAAGCCAACAGACCCUCACAAGUUAUUAUAAACACACAGGAUGGUAAAGAGGAGAGAAUUGACCGUUUCUGAGCUGCAACAACUAAUCAGACUGUUUUCAAAGCUCUGAUGUCUAAAUACCUCUGUAACCAAACUGCACAGGGACGGACAACGGACAGGGAUCGGGGAUAUGUAUGUGGCUUCAUAUGGAAAUCAUUAACUUAACUAUGUACCUCAAUCAGGAAAGGACAAGUGGCACUGAAGACCAAAACACACAGCUGUGCAAUGUUUCUGAGCAACCGAAGAGUGGACUUUUGAUGAUUAGAGUCAACACUGUUAUCUCAACACAUAAAAAAACUAAAUGGGUCUCUUCACAUGCACUGCCAGAUUCAGGCAGCUGUUUGUUUGGAAUUAUUUUACAAGACAGGAAAUAGGUCUCAAUGUAGUCUUUUUGUAUUUUGUACUGAAUGUUAUAAUUUUAUAUGCAUAUUCAUAUUAGCACUGUUUUAAGUAAUUUAAUGGAACAUACACUCCAGCAUUUCAUAUUGUAGUUUUUUUUUUUUCAAUUGCAGUAAUAAUAUUGCUGUAAAAAGUGCAAUCAGUAAAGAAAACUAUUGAAUCUGUUUCAUAUUUGUUUCAUAUCAGUGUGUGAAUGUCCUCAAUGAAACAUUGGGUAUAAUGAUGUGGUGUACCUGCUUUUGCAGAUAUUCAUGUUUCAUGUGUUUCCUUGAGGUUUUUAUUUAUCUAAUAAAAUAAUUA